AUGUCUAAUUCCACCCGAUGUGCAGCUUGCAAAUCUCUUCGUAGGAGGUGCCCACAAGAUUGCACUCUCGCCCCUUAUUUCCCUUCAACCAAUCCACAAAGAUUUGCUUGUGUUCACAAAAUCUUUGGGGCUAGUAACAUUACUAAGAUGUUACAGCAACUCCCAGUCCAUCAACGUGCAGUGGCUGCUGACUGCAUAUCCUUCGAGGCAAGCUCAAGGGUCAGAGACCCAGUUUAUGGGUGUGUAGGAAUUAUAACUCAAUUACAUCAAUUGAUACUUGUUGCUCAACGUGAACUUGCUGAGAUACAGGGCCAAGUUGCCCUCUAUGGCGCACAACAAGGCCAAGAACAGAAGCGGAUGGCUCAGAGCCAAGUUCAUCAAUACAAUGGACCCAUAUGGUUCACUACAAGCCAACAAGAUCCCCCUCACUUAGACUAG